CAGACAAAGAGGCAUCUUCAUGUUCUGUUUCCUGUUGUGCACUUCAAGGAUAGCAAGGUAAUGGGUAGGAUCGCAGACAUGUAGAUGUUCUUUUACUAGGUGGGUUUUUCAAACAUGCGUUAAGGAUAUAAAAUCUCUGAACCGCUUUAACUAGGGAUGUGAAGAGCAGUUGGGUUAGAGAUUCUUGGCAUGGUAUGUCUAGAUAGGUUUUCCAGAUUCUUCUGUUCAGAUUGAUGGUUCGUUGAAAUCCAUCCAAUAGAUUCUUCUGUUCAAUUCCUUGGAUGGAUUUCGCCAGAAAAUUAUAUCAUUUUAUAAAACAAACAAACGUGGGAAGAUGAACCCAGUAAAAUAGAGAUCGAGGUAAAAGUAAUGGACCGGACACCGCCUCGUUGCUGCUUGGUUAGCUGCGCUCAUUUCGCCGUAUCCUGCAGCUCUUCACCCCAACUACAUCCGAAUCAGACAAUCAGUCGACUAUUGUCAAUUCUCAAUCUUUACAACAGUCACCAUCGUGACCGCGCAUCGAGGGUUUUUUGUUUUUUGGGUUUGAGAAGCAAGCAUUGGCAAUUAUCAUGUUGACAUCGUCGCAAGCAGUGGUGAGCAGGGCUGGGGCAGUGUCGUCGGGUUUGGUUAGGAACAAUUGUUGUGAAGCAGGAUGUAGGGUUUCGGCACAGAUUCCGGUGUUGGGUAGUGGCGGAUUGCGGCAAGUAUCGUGGAGAUGGCAGGGGCCAGCGAGCUGUGGGUCGUUGCGGGCGAUGGUUAGCAAGGGUAGUCAGAGAAUUUCUAUCUUUGGAGUUCGGUGUAAGGUUAUUAGCGUAAACCAGGAUAAUUUUGACGCAGAGGUGCGGCAAUCGAAGGAGCCGGUGCUGGUUGAUUUCUGGGCAAAUUGGUGUGGACCUUGUAAGCUUGUGGCCAGCAGCAUGGACACCAUUGACAGGAAGUAUGAUGGGAAGUUGAAGGUUGUGAAGGUUGAGACGGACCCUAACCCAACGCUUGUUGAGGAGUACAAAGUGUAUGGGUUGCCGACGCUUAUCAUGUUCGCAGAUGGCAAACCCAUUCCUGGUGGACGCUACGAGGGCGCGAUAUCGUUGGCGAAAAUUGAAUCCAUGCUCAAGAAGUGCCUCCCUUCUCUUACAGCUGCGUAACUCGUCGCUUACUGGUCGAGGUUUGUUGUUCAUUUCAUUGCCAUUAUUAGUCGAAAUUUUAGGACCUUAUCCUGCUUGAGGUAAACCUGCAAUCAAUGUAGUUUUUAUCAUGCGUAUGUAACAAUUUUCUCUUGAUUGAAUUGCUCGGUUCUUGUUUUCAAGUCAGAUCAGAAUUUCAGACUGGAAGUUUGUCUUUUAUGGAACUGCAUCGUACAUUUGUGUGGAAUGCAUUUCCGUCUGGAAGACGAGAAGUAGUUGACGAU